AUGGACCAAGCGGGCGGAUCGAUGUGCCCAAAGCCGGACGACACGCUGUACCCGAGCCUGAUCGGCGUCGAGCUGGCCGUACCGGAGUGGGAAGCAACCGGGACGGCGCUCAUCCUGUCACUCAUCAUCGUCGCCACGAUCGUCGGCAACGUCCUGGUGAUACUGAGCGUGUUCACCUACAGGCCGCUCCGGAUCGUGCAGAACUUUUUCAUCGUGUCGCUGGCGGUGGCCGACCUGACGGUGGCCAUCCUCGUGCUGCCCCUGAACGUCGCCUACUCGCUGCUCGGUCGCUGGGAGUUCGGCGUGGGCGUGUGCAAGCUGUGGCUCACCUCGGACGUGCUCUGCUGCACCGCGUCCAUCCUCAACCUAUGCGCCAUCGCCCUCGAUCGCUACUGGGCCAUCACGGAUCCGCUCAACUACGCCCUGAAGCGAACUCUGGAGCGUGUGCUGGCACUGAUAGCCGGCGUUUGGGUUCUGUCACUUGUCAUCAGUUCGGCACAGCUCGUGGGCUGGAACGGUUGGUCGGAGGAGAGGUUUCGGAGCGGCUUUUCAUGCCAGCUAACGAACAACCCGAGCUACGUGAUCCUCUCGUCAUUCGUUUCGUUCUUCAUCCCGCUCGCCAUCAUGACGAUCGUGUACCUCAGAAUCUACAUCGCCACCCGGCGUCGGUUGCGUGGGCGAGCACGAGGCUACCUGAUUAACUCCAUCGGGAGGGUAGGGGCGGGUGCGGAGGUCAAGCAGCAACACCACGAGCCACACCGGAAACACCGAGAGUCGAUCAGUAGCGAAACAAACGAACUCAACGAACACAUCACGGAACAUGGAGAAGGGGAGCAGAAGGCCUUGGACGGGAAGAAAAUUCGCCGGACGUCGGACGGAACAUCGAACGACGAAGACGGCACUCACCGAUUGGGGGCGCUGCAGCAUCGCGAGGACGACUCUGUGACGGAAGACACGGGGACGGGGGAGAUUACACGGGUCACACAGGUGGAGGCCAGCUCGGUGUCAGUAGCACCCGCCCCCCUCCAGCAGCCGUCCCGUCAGCCGGGCGGCAUCAAUCAGUUCGUUGAGGAGAGGCAGAAGAUCUCGCUGUCGAAGGAGCGACGGGCGGCGCGCAUUCUCGGCAUCAUCAUCGGCGUGUUCGUCGUCUGCUGGCUGCCGUUCUUCCUGAUGUACAUCAUCCUGACCUUCUGCCCGGCCUGCUGCCCCACGUACAAGUUAACCAACUUCAUUACCUGGCUCGGCUACAUCAACUCCGCGCUCAAUCCCAUCAUUUAUACCAUCUUCAAUCUGGACUUUCGACGAGCGUUCAAGCGACUGCUCGGUAUCAAACCAUAA